GUUUUUUCCUGACUCCUUGUCAACAAACUCAACACAACUAUGUGUAUGUUUCGUGCUGACAAUAAGCGUGAGAGUAAAGAGAGGCUGGUCCCGUUUACCCGAGUACCACGGUACAGCCACGGUUUCCUCCGUCAAAGGCACAUGGGUGCACAUUCGGGAAAGAAGAUCAGUGGAAACCACCAAGAUCGUUAUUAUUCGACGAAGCCUCCCCGCCCAUUGGUAGUUGGCUCCGAUUCAGCUGGCUGUGGCAAUAAUGUUGGGGCUCGGAAAGACCCCGCUGACCAUACCCGUACGCACGGUAUAGUAAUUGAGGACCUCCUUAGGUGCUCUCUACCUACUACCUAAGAUGGGUUACCUUGUAGCAGACUGUGCUCUCUGUAUGGAUGGCGUGUCCAGGCUUGCAGCAAUUGCUCAGACGAAUCAGUCAAUAUUAGCUUCCAAUUAUAGC